AUGUAAUAAAACACGGAGAAAAUCCUCCUAAAAACCCUACACUUCCCGCGCCACCAUCGACCGGAGCAGCAAGCUGAUCGGCGGCAAGUCAUGAAGGUGGUGGCCUUAGUUAGCGGCGGCAAAGACAGCUGCUACGCCAUGAUGAAAUGCAUACACUACGGUCACGAGAUAGUUGCGCUGGCAAAUUUAAUGCCCACUGAUGAUGCACAGGACGAGCUCGACAGCUACAUGUAUCAAACUGUUGGCCACCAGGUAGUCAUCAGCUAUGCAGCUUGCAUGGGAGUGCCAUUAUUCCGAAGGAGAAUAAAAGGAUCCACAAGGAAUGAUGGCCUUAGCUAUAGUAUGACUCCAGGUGAUGAAGUUGAAGACAUGUUCAUCUUGUUGAAUGAAGUAAAACGACAGAUACCUGCUGUCACAGCAGUGUGUUCUGGCGCAAUCGCAUCUGACUACCAGAGACUCCGAGUUGAAAGUGUAUGUUCAAGGUCAGGACUUGUUUCACUGGCAUAUUUAUGGAAGCAAGAUCAAUCAUUACUUCUCCAUGAAAUGAUUACUAGUGGUAUUGUUGCAAUCUUAGUUAAGGUUGCAGCUAUUGGGUUAGACCCCUCAAAGCACUUGGGGAAAGAAAUAGCAGAUAUGGAUUCCCAUCUUCACAAACUAAAAGAGCUCUAUGGAAUAAAUGUUUGUGGCGAAGGUGGAGAGUAUGAAACAUUAACUCUUGAUUGCCCCCUCUUCAAAUAUGCUAGAAUCGUGUUGGAUGAAUUUAAAGUUAUCUUGCAUUCUUCAGAUUCCAUAGCUCCUGUUGGAGUUCUUCAUCCGCUUUCAUUUCAUUUAGAAAAUAAGAUGGACUCAGUCUCUUCAAGUGAGACCAAUGGGUGCUCUAGUCUUUGUAAGGGAGAUAUCAGCACGGUGAAUGAAGUAGUAGAUGAAUGUCAACAAGGUAUCAGUGAAUUAAUUGAUUUUACCACUUUGUCUGGUGCUAUGAUGGAGAAUCUCAAAUUUUCAAAUUCUCAAGAGAGUGAUAUAUAUUCAAUUUCUUGCUGGCUGCAUCAGUCUGAGACUUCUGCAAAUUUUCAGGUGGAUCUGGAGGCUGUUCUGACAAAAGUUGAAACACAACUAGCUGAGAAUGGUUCCUCUUGGGAAAGAGUACUUUAUAUCCAUUUGUAUAUUGCGGAUAUGAAUGAAUUUUCAAAAGCAAAUGAAACAUACAUUAGAUUUAUUACUCAAGAGAAGUGUCGUUAUGGUGUACCCUCGAGGUCCACAGUCGAACUUCCUUUAUUGCAAGUUGGUAUAGGGAGGGCAUAUAUGGAAGUUUUGGUGGCAAGAGAUCAUAGCAAAAAGGUUUUGCAUGUACAAAGUAUAUCUUGCUGGGCACCUAGUUGUAUUGGUCCAUACAGUCAGGCAACUUUACACAAGGAUGUGCUCUACAUGGCUGGUCAAAUAGGGCUCGACCCACCAACAAUGUUGCUUUGUAAAGGGGGCCCAACUGUAGAGCUUCGGCAAGCACUUAAAAAUAGUGAAGCAAUAGCAAGAAACUUCAACUGCUCACUGUCCACAUCAACCAUUCAUUUCACAAUCUACUGCUCUGCUCGCAUUGAAGGAUCAAACAGAACUGCCAUUGAGAAUGAGAUGGCCAGAGUUCUGACAGAAAUGAAGUUGGGGCAGUUGAAUUCCUCAAGAAUUUUGGAUGUCUUGCAUCCCAUUUUCCUCUAUGUCCUUGUUCCUGACCUUCCAAAAAGGGCUUUGGUAGAAGUGAAGCCUGUGCUUUAUCUGGCAGAACAUGCACAAGCUCCACUCGAGGAAGUUACAGAAGAUCCACCAGUGAUGCAAGAAGAUUACUGGGGAUUUCAGUAUGAAACAUGGCAUGAUCAAUGCCUUCAGAAAUGUAGCAUUAUGGGACAAAUGUGUACUGCAGUUCUCUCUGUCACCAAAGAUCUUGUUCAGAGAAUCUGCUCAAAGUCCAUCCCUGCAACCGUCGGACAUGUGGCCUUGAAGAACAUCCAUGAAAAUGAUGACCACUUAAAAAGAAUUGCUCAGUUCUGCAUCUUUUGCUUUGAUAAGGUUCUCACGGAAAACAGUCUUGCUUGGGAUGACAUAUUGAGUUUCAGAAUCUACUAUGCAACGACAUGUCUCAACAUCUCCCAUGGAGCAAUCUUUCAGAUCUUUGCUAAUGUGUUUGAUGAAUUUGGCCAAAUAAGGCAAGGAGUGAAUAUCAUGAAUGAACACAUCCUCAAUCUCGUUCCCGUGGUAAGUAUUGGAACCUCCGCAUCGUCCAUGGAUGAUAUCAUAACAUGCGAGCUGAUUUCUAGAAAAUCAUAGGCAAUUAUGUCGCACAUUCGGUUUUGGGGCAUUUUCGUAAUUCUUUCAAAGAUAGUUCCUCUAAAAAGCUUGUUUUCUUGUCAAUCGGAUAAGAUGUUGGUAUCUAGAACGAGUAUAGAAGUUUUGUAUGACUGAAUCUCCCAAACAUACCAUGAUCUCCAUAUAUAUAGAACAAAAUCCGAAUGGACGUGCUUGUUAUGCGAAACAACAUGAGUUAUCGAGCAACAUUUGAAUGUUUAGGCUAAAUGAUUUGAAUGUUUGCAACAAUUUAAAGUUCUCUCGUUGUUUGCCUGAAUUGUUGCGUUUAAUCGUGAAACAUCUGAAUGUUUUAAAUUAAAUAUUUGAAUGUAUG